AUGCGGCAGGGGGCUGCAUGGGGCGGCGGCUACCUGGUGAGGGCGGCGCACACGGGGCUCAGCUGGGGCGUCACUCUGGCGCUCUUCCUGCAUCGCACAGAUCUGCGAAAGCAGGAAGAGCAUGGAGAGUUGCUGCAGCCACUGAUAUUUGUCUUACUGGUUCUCUGCUCUGUCUUGCUGUACUUUGUAGUGUCUCUCAUGGAUCCAGGCUUCAUUGAGUCUGAUGAGGAAGAGAAGGUAGGGAUGAAUGAAGAGCAAAGCGUAAUGAUGCCUCAAUUUCCAAGCAAUGUUUGGCUGCGGCGCUGUGGAUACUGCAUGCUGAAGCAACCAAUGCGAGCCAAGCACUGCCAGCUGUGUCGGCACUGUGUACGUCGUUAUGACCAUCACUGUCCCUGGAUUGAGAACUGUGUAGGAGAGAGGAAUCAUCCACUCUUUAUAGUCUACCUGGCUGUGCAGCUUGUGGUUCUCUUGUGGUCCUUUCAUGUUGCAUGGUCAGGCCUUUAUUUCGAACAGUCUUGGGAGUGGCUGCAGCACAACAUCUUCCUUCUCCUGUCCUUCCUCGUGAUAGCCAUAUUCACCAUUGUAGUGCUGCUGCUGCUGGUUUCACACUUAUACCUGGUCUCAUGUAAUACAACCACCUGGGAGUUCAUGUCACACCAUCGCAUCUCCUACCUCCGACACUGUGAGUCAGAGAACCCCUUUGACCAAGGUGUCAUUCUCAACCUCUGGAGAUUCUUCUGUGCCUGCCGUCUCGUUACAUGGGAGAAAAUAUACUUUCAGGAAGAUAGUGACCCUGUUUAAUUAUAGAAUGUACAUUCAGCCAGGAUUUAAUGGUGUAAUCCAAGUUUGAUUACAAGAGGGAAAAGUACAUCUACAGGGUGAGCUGAAAUGCAGGUC